CAGAUUUGUCUUUUGAUAAGCCUGGAAAACAGUGGCAAAACAGAUUAAUCCCUCAACACUGGGAAACUUGGUUCAAGUUUUUCCACUGAUUUUGCAAUCACCCUUAAUGAGUUAUAAGAAUAUAAUUUGUGAUGUAGGUUUUUAUUUUUUGAGUUUAAAUCCAACUACUAUGAAAACAAUGAUAAGUGGAAUUUGACUUUGGUUCCAAAAUAUUUCUGUAGUAUGGGAAAGGCCUCUGUUCCCAUUCCCUUUGUGAAAUGAAAUGGCUUAUUCAGAGGCAGUGCUGCUGAGGGGCUUCCACCCAGAACACAUCAACACUUAAAUUACGGUGCUAUCUGAGGAAAGAGGUGCAGCAAUUUGAGCGGCUGACAGCUGGAUUUGCACACGUGGACUUCUCCGAGGUGAGCCCCGGGUUUCACAAUGCCCGGAGUCUGGCAGCACUUGGAUUUCAGGGCACGGUGCCCUGGGCGCUGCAGCUCAGCGCUCCCAGCUUGCGCCAACACAAUCUAAUUUGUCUGCGGGCUCUUCUCCUGUGAUCCAGCUGGGCUGAUGCUACUUAAAAAUCCUGAUCUCUGUCCUCGAAGGCUUCCCCGAGACGCUCCCCAGCGCAGCCUUUCGAAGUGUCCCGGGAAAGGCGUCCCGUAGUCACAAACGCGCUCCCGGAGGAAAGGCGGGAGGCAAUGCCGGCCCUUCCGUAGCGCGGAGCCGCGCGCGGGGGCACAUCGGCCCCGCCGCUGGCCGGGGGCCAUCCCCGCCCGGGCUGUGGCCGUGCCGCUCCGGGGGACGGCGUGCGGGCCCUGCGGGGACGGGAUGGGCGCUGCCCGGGCUCCGUGCCGCCGGCUGGAGGCGGAUGGAGGCGGCUGGAGGCGCCGGGCUCGGCCCACGGCCUGGGCCUCGGGGCUGCGCCUCACGGCGCCCCUGGCAGCGCGGGAGGGCGGCCCCGUAGCGCCCUCACGGCCUGAUAAUUGCCCGCCCGCGGUGCUCGGUAAUGGCCGCGGCGUGGAGUUACGGGCUGUUCCCGGGAGCCCUCUUGCCGUGCCGUGUGCUCCUGGAAGAUGGCAGGAUCGCGUGUGCCCGCUGCUAAGGUACCAGAUCCACACGGGACUGCAGCACUCCAUCAUCCGGCCGACGCAGCCCAACUGCUUACCUCUGGAUAACGUCACGCUACCUCAGAAGCUCAAGGAGGCUGGGUACUCCACGCACAUGGUGGGCAAGUGGCACCUGGGGUUCUACCGCAGGGAGUGCAUGCCCACGCAGAGGGGGUUCGACUCCUUCUUCGGCUCGCUCCUGGGCAGCGGCGACUACUACACCCACUUCAAGUGCGACAGCCCCGGGAUAUGCGGCUACGACCUGUACGAGAACAACAACGCCGCCUGGGACCACGACAACGGCAUCUACUCCACGCAGAUGUACACGCAGAAAGUGCAGCAGAUCCUGGCUUCUCAUAACCCCAGGAAACCCAUAUUCCUGUAUAUUGCCUACCAAGCUGUCCAUUCGCCUCUUCAGGCACCAGGAAGGUAUUUUGAGCAUUAUCGCUCGAUAAACAACAUCAACAGACGGCGGUACGCGGCCAUGCUGGCCUGCUUGGAUGAGGCCAUAAACAACGUGACCCUCGCUCUGAGGAAGUAUGGCUACUACGAGAACAGCAUUAUCAUUUAUUCUUCUGAUAACGGUGGGCAACCAAUGGCCGGAGGCAGUAACUGGCCGCUUCGAGGAAGCAAAGGCACCUAUUGGGAAGGAGGCAUCCGCGCUGUCGGGUUCGUGCACAGCCCCCUUCUGAAAAACAAAGGGUCUGUAUGCAAGGAGCUGGUGCACAUCACAGACUGGUUCCCCACGCUGAUCACGCUGGCGGAGGGGCAGAUCGAUGAAGACAUCCAGCUGGAUGGCUACGACGUGUGGGAGACCAUCAGCGAGGGCAGGCGUUCCCCGCGGGUGGACAUCCUGCACAACAUCGACCCGAUCUACACCAAAGCCAAGAACGGCUCCUGGGCCGCUGGCUACGGGAUCUGGAACACUGCCAUCCAGUCUGCCAUCAGAGUGAAUCACUGGAAACUGCUGACGGGAAACCCGGGCUACAGCGACUGGGUGCCUCCGCAGGCCUUCAGCAACGCGGGUCCCAACCGCUGGCACAACGAGCGCGUCUCCUGGUCGGCCGGGAAAACCGUGUGGCUCUUCAACAUCACGGCCGACCCCUACGAGCGCGUGGACCUGUCUGCCAGGCACCCGGAGGUGGUGAAGCAGCUGCUGCGGAGGCUCUCGCAGUUCAACAAGACCGCGGUCCCCGUCCGCUACCCGCCCAAGGACCCUCGCAGUAACCCCAAGCUCAACGGAGGAGUCUGGGGGCCGUGGUUUAAGGAGGACGAAAAGAAAAAGAAAUCAGACAAAAGCAAAGGUGCAAAUAAGCAGAAGAAGAUCAAGAAGAAGAAGAAAGCAAAUCGGAAAAAGGGGCAGUCGUUUCACUGCCGGUCACGUCUUGCUGGUGGGUAAACUCUAAGCAGGCUCCUUGGCCAGGCUUGAGUCAGCCUGGCCCUACUUCUUGAACUUCUGAUGGAAUGGACUAGAAAUGCCAGUUCUGCACUACAAAUGAAAGUUGUCAUCUUUUAAUUUUGUGUCUGAUUUCACCAGCACAAGAUACCUUAGCACUCUGAGUGACCAUGUGACAGACUUUCUCCUCCACAGGAUGAGUGGUCCUCACCCAUCACCAGACACAUUCCAGAUAACAACAGUGAUAGCAUCUUGUUUCAGGAAACGUAGCUUUGAUGGACAAAUGAUAGUUCCUUGCCUUAAUUAGCUGGAAUCUUUGGAGAGCAUGGAGGUAUUAAUGGCAGAUGUUCUCAAACUGACAGAUAGCUCAGAGGGAGGAAGGAGAAACAAAACCCGAGAAUCUCUGUGUGUCAGUAAGCGUUAGUCAUCAGCCUAUGAUAUGUUUUGAUACAACACAGAAAAACUGAAGCCAUCAGGUAACUUCGUAGAGGUGCUGGGGAGGGGGCAUGAUAGGAGGAAAGCUGCUUUAAAUUAGAUUUUGUCCAUCUUAACUAAAUCUGAAAUAUUUUUAACAUUUCCUAGAUGUGCUGAGCUCCCCCCAUUUGCAGUAAAAAACACAUGAACAGCGAGCACACGCCUCCUGUAAUUUAUUACAGGCAUAGACAAAAACACAUCACCAAAGUGAAUGUAAUAUUUAAACACUUUAAGAUAACUAUACAACAAUAUGUAAAAUAGAUAAUUUAUUUUACAGCGCAAUCCUUAUUUCUCUUCCAUUAGAAUUUCCUGGCUGAUGCAAGGUACCCCUGUGGGUGCCAGGGUUGUUUGGGUUCUUUUAAUGUUGACUUUUAAAAUUUUAUUUCCACCCUGUCAUUCAGAGUUUAUUUAACAGAUUCAUAUCCUCAGAGUACUGUAAACCAAGGAAAUACUGUAUACACUGCUAGGAUGAGGAAGGAGAACAGUUCAGGUGCGUCACUGCUUUAUGUAUUUGCCUUCAGUGGUUUUGAAUGUAACAAAGGGUUUAUUUAAUUUAGGAGUCCCAUGAAUAUUGUUCAGUUUCUGUACAGAAGCUAGGCCAUCUUGAUGUUUGGGGGAAAAAUUCUACUUUAAACCUUUUAUUUAUGUACCUAUUAAAAUAGUUUAUUUUUAUGGCAUUCAUAAAA